AUCUGAGGCUGCGAAAUCUUGAAAAAGAAUCAGAUCUGAUUGUCAAAUUGGAUCAACAGGUCAUCGUUGAGCAUGGCCUUGCUACGACGGAUCAAGCCAGCCUACAGACUCUUCGAUGAAAGUGUUGCUGUCUUUCCGCGUAGAGGUAACGCUGUUUCAUCUUUCAGAACAUUCAACUCUUCGAUCGUGUUCGCGAGACAACAACAAAAACCAGAGAGCAAUAACAAAGUGAAGGACAAUAACGACAGUCAGUUUGGCGGUGUCAAGAGCCUGUCGAUUGACGAGGCGACAAUUAGGAGGCUCGAGAGGCUAGCACUGGUCGGCUUCGAGUACAAACAGAGUAAACGGGUGCUAGAGGAAGCGAUAGCUUUCGCCGAGCGGUUGCGGACAGCUCACAUCGACGAGACGGUACAUCCGAUGUACAGCACCCUGGAGAACAAUUGCAUUUAUCUGCGAGACGACGUGGUGCGACACGACGUCAAUCGGCGCGAGAUACUAAGUAACGCUGUGGUGUUAGAAGAGGAAUACUUUGUUGCGCCGCUGGUGGCGAGCAAGAAGAAAGAAAGUGAGUCUACACAAUGA